AUGAAUUCAAUCAAACUCACGCGCAAACUCAAGCCACCACCAUCACCACCAUGCAACACAACCACAUUCACUACUUUCACCCAUUCCCCACAACACCCUCCUCCUCCUCUCGCAACCCACACUUUCCCUCUCUCUUCUCUCGAAUGCGGAACCUUGCUUCAGUUCCUCGCCAACUCCAAGUCCCUCUCACAGGCCAAACAGCUUCACUGCCACGUCAUCAGUUGCGGCACCCUCCUCAACAACACCUACCUCGGAACAAAGCUCGCAGCUUGCUACGCUUCAUGUGCCCAAAUGAGAGAAGCACACCACCUGUUCGACGAAAUUUCGCUUAAGAACUCCUUUUUGUGGAACUCAAUGAUAAGGGGUUACGCUUGUAACGGUUUUCCGUGGAGGUCCCUUUUUAUGUACCGUGAGAUGUUCAGUUUCGGUGUCGAGGCUGAUAAUUUCACGUACCCUUUUGUUCUCAAGGCGUGUGGUGAUCUUUUGCUUGGUGAGAUGGGUAGAAAGGUUCAUGCUUUGGUUAUGGUUAGUGGAUUGGGGUCUGAUAUUUAUGUUGCGAAUUCGCUGAUGUCAAUGUAUUUUAAGCUUGGGGAAAUUGGGAUCGCGAGUUUCGUGUUUGAUGAAAUGCCUCAGAGGGAUUUGAGUUCGUGGAAUACUUUGAUGUCAGGAUGGGACUACUUUGCUUUCACUCCUUUGUGCUUGCAUGGUUACAUUGUGAGGAAUGGUGGUACACUGUGUAAUGAGUUUUUGAUGAAUUCUCUUAUUGACAUGUACUGCAAUUGUGAUUCAGUGUCUGCUGCUAGGAAAGUAUUCGAAGGAUUGACAGUGAAGGAUACCGUGUCUUGGAAUUCUUUGAUUUCCGGUUAUGAGCGACAUGGAGACCCUUUUGAAGUUUUGGAGCUUUUCAGUCAGAUGUUUAUAGGAGGUGUGAUUCCUGAUGAGGUGACUAUUAUUUCUAUACUUGGGGCUUGUAAUCAAACCUCCGCCUUGCAAUUGGGUUCAUCGGUUCACUCAUAUAUUGUCAAAAAGGGUUUUGGUGUAAAUACUGCUGUGGGAACUGCCCUUGUUAGCAUGUAUGCUAACUGUGGAAGUUUACUUCGUGCACGUCAAGCAUUCGACGAGAUGCCAGAAAAAAAUUUGGCUUCAUGGACAGUUAUGGUUACCGCAUUUGGAACUCAUGGGAGGGGAAGAGAGGCUAUCUCCCUCUUUUAUGACAUGUUAGGUCAACAUAUUAUUCCAGAUGAAGGCAUGUUUACUUCAGUUUUAUCGGCCUGCAGUCAUUCUGGCUUAGUCGAUGAGGGUAAAGAAAUAUUCUAUAAAGUGAUGAGAGACUACAAUAUGGAGCCUGGGCACACUCAAUAUUCCUGUUUGAUUGAUCUACUUGGCAGAGCAGGGAACUUAGAUGAAGCAUAUAUAGUUAUAAACGACAUGAGAUUGAAACCCAACGAGGAUAUAUGGACUUCUCUCCUUUCAGCUUGUAGAUUACACCGAAACCUCAAGUUAGCUGAGAUUGCAGCUGAGAAACUUUUUGAAUUGAAUCCAAAUGAAGUAAGCGGCUACGUUUGUCUUGCUAACAUAUAUGCUGCCGAGAGACGGUGGGAGGAUGUUGAAAAGGUGAGGGAAUUGGUGAAGAAAAGGAGAUUGAGCAAGCCACCUAGUUACAGUUUUGUUGAGUUAAAUAAUAUGGUUCAUCAAUUUUUUGUUGGAGAUAAAUUGCACCAAAAAUCAGAUGAAAUUUUUGCCAAAUUGAAAGAACUGAAUGAGCAGCUUAAAAAAAUUGGGUACAAGGCUGAAACUAGUUUUGUUCUCUAUGAUGUGGAGGAAGAAGUAAAGGAGAGGAUGCUCUGGGAUCAUAGUGAGCGGUUGGCUCUUGCUUUUGCUCUUAUUAACACUAAUCCGGGAGUCACAAUCAGAAUAACCAAGAAUCUUCGUGUGUGCGGUGAUUGCCACACAGUGAUGAAGAUGAUUUCUAAGCUCACAGGUCGCGAGAUUAUUAUGCGAGAUAUCACUAGGUUUCACCAUUUUAGAGAUGGAAGGUGUUCAUGUGGUGACUACUGUCACUCAAGGGAUUUUGGAUUGUCACAUUUUGGUGUCACCAUUGCAGAAGCAGCAUGACUAUAAUCCGAAUAGUUUUAUUUUCAUCUGAUUCUUAAAUGGAUUGUUCACAUCUUGAUUCUUGGGAAUCAACCAUCACUACAUAUAUCACUU